AUGGAGUCCUCGACUGACACCAAGGAGUACGACUCCAGCGAAGAGACGCAUCAAGAUGCAGAGGUCGAUCGAUUGGUUGACGAUCUUCUUAAACGACAGACUACCACAGAAUCGGAACGUUUGGGUGACAUCAUCUUCAAGGAUCUGUCUGUCAUAGGAGCCGGAGCUGGGCACCAACGGAUGCAUGACGUCCCCGGAACGUUGCAACGGCUAUCGAAGCUCAUCAACCCAGCGAGCUGGUUCUCGAGGAAGCCUCCUCCAUCUCGGGCGAUCCUCCAGCGGCUGACUGGUACGAUUCGACAGGGGGAGAUGUUGAUGGUCGUUGGCCGCCCCGGCAGUGGAUGCACCACCGUUUUGAAAGCCUUGGCGAACAUAAGGGAUGAGUAUAUGGCGAUGGAGGGCGAUUUCUGGUAUGGGUCGAUGGAUGCGGGCACUGUCAACCAGGCCAGAGCCAACCAAGUGGCCUUUGUGGGAGAGGACGACAUCCAUUUUCCAACAUUAUCCGUCAGCACCACGGUUAAGUUUGCUCUCAAUACUCGCCGUUCAAUCUCUGAUCCUAAUCGCGGCCAACACCUCCAACAAGACCUACAAACUGUGCUUGAACUCAUGGGACUGGAUCAUGCAGCACAUGUCCGCAUCGGGAGUGACCAUAUUCGUGGAGUGAGCGGCGGUCAGCGUCGUCGGGUGUCUCUUGCUGAGGCGCUGUGUACCCGUGCAAGUUUGUUUUGCUUUGAUAAUCCUACGCGAGGGCUGGACUCAUCAACCGCCAUUCGCUUUUUGACUACCAUGCGUAAAUACAGCACGCGUAGUGGAUGUAUGACCGCGAUGUCUCUUUAUCAAGCUAGCGAUGCGGCAGUUGCACUCUUCGAUAAGGUCCUGGUCUUGAAUGAAGGUCAUGUCGCGUACUACGGCCCGGCCAAUUCAGCCAAAGCUUACUUCGAGUCCCUUGGGUUUUACUGCUCUCCAAGGAUUUCGAUCUCGGAUUUUCUCGCAUCCAUGUCUGGAACCCCGGAAGGACGGAGCCUUCAAACAAACCUUGACCGGCCGGUGCCAAUUCACCCGGCUGACUUUGAGACCCGGUUCAGGGAGAGCAGCUUCUACCUGCAGACAGUGAGUGAGGCCGCAAAGCCGCCGCCAUCCACAGCAGUCGGCAAAUUAAAGGCGUCAGGGUACGCUCUGCCGCUUUACCGUCAGGUGUAUGAAUGUACAGUCCGCCACUAUCAGAUCUUUUUGACCGACCGGGCCGCCUGGAUCGCCGAGGCAGCCGGAACAAUUGUGCAGGCUCUGCUUUUAGGGACCCUGUUCCGCAACCAGAGACCCGUGACGCAAGGGCUCUACACGCGCGCCUCGGCCCUCUUCUUCUGCGUCUUGAUCAUGGGUUUACAGGCUUCCGCUGAGUUUGGAAAUACAUUUGUCCAGCGCCCAAUCUUGCUCAAGCAGAAGGCUUUGCGGUUCUACCGUCCCGGCGCCUACGCGCUCGGCCAGAUCCUGGCGGACGUACCCUGGAAAUUUAUCUUCAUCCUGUAUUCUCUCCCCAUAUACUGGAUGAUUGAUUUCCAGCGCACAGCGGGGCAUUUCUUCACAUGGCUGGUCUGCCUCUAUAUGGGCCUAAUGGCACUGAGCGUCAUGUUCCGGGCCAUUGCCGUGUUCACCAACUCCAUCACUCGAGCCAUUCUCCCCGUCGGGCUUUUGCUAAAUGUCUUCAUUAUCUAUACGGGCUUUUACAUCACUCCCCCAGGCAUGAAGGUUUGGCUUUUUUGGAUCCGCUAUUUGGAUCCGAUGUACUAUAUCUUCGAGUCUAUUUCUCUCAAUGAGAUUGGAACUAGUUCCUAUCAGUGCAGCACUCAGGACAUCGUUCCCGGAGCCGCAUACAAUGAGACCAGUUAUCAGGCUUGUGCAGUGUCUGGGUCCGUUGCUGGUGAAUUGAGUCUUUCCGGGAGGCUCUAUUUGAUGGCCGAGUAUGGGUUCGAGCACAUGCACUUGUGGCGGAAUGUCGGGAUUAACGCUGUCUUUUUCGUAUUCUUUUCGGUUGUUGUAAUGAUUGGAAUGGAACGAUUCCGCCAUGCAGCUGAACAUAUGUCAACGAUCUUUUACCGGAGGCUACCCUCCUGGGUGAAAGCAUCGCCCUCGCGCUCCGCAGACAUUGAGGAACCCGCACUUGUCACUGAGACAAAGGAGUCCAAGCCUAGCUCCAACCACGAUGUGGCAGCGAUCGGCCGUCUAGAGACCACUCAAAGUGUGUUUACAUGGCAGGAUCUAUCACUCCAGCUUGACGAUGACAAAUGUUUGCUUCACGAGGUUUCAGGGUGGCUUCGGCCUGGAAAAAUGACUGCGUUAAUGGGCAUGUCUGGUGCUGGCAAGACUACACUGCUUGAUACCCUCGCCCAGCGAAUCCAGAUUGGGCACUUAUCUGGAGGGCUCUAUCUGAACGGGCAGACUCUUCCGGCAUCAAUGGGACGGCGUACGGGAUUUGUCCACCAAAACGAUAUCCACCUGGCAUCAUCCACGGUGCGAGAAGCUCUCCAGCUCAGUGCACGUCUCCGUCGUCCGGCAACAGUUUCCUGGGACGAGAAGAUGGGUCACGUGGAAAUGCUGAUACAACUCUUAGAGAUGGAGGAUAUCGCCGAGGCCAUCAUCGGAGUGCCAGGGGCGGGAUUGAAUCUCGAGCAGCGCAAGCGGGUCAGCAUCGGAGUCGAACUAGCUGCGAAGCCGGACAUUGUUCUGUUUCUCGACGAGCCCACGUCCGGCUUGGAUGGUAAUUCUGCCCUCUCCAUCGUGCAGCUAAUGCGCAGGCUAUCCGACGCGGGGCAGACCAUCCUCUGCACCAUUCAUCAACCCUCUGCUCAGAUGAUUGAACAGUUUGACAACUUGCUUUUGUUAGUGCCCGGCGGAAAGACAGUUUACUUCGGUCCGUUGGGUUCUCGGUGCCAAAAGAUCCUGGAUUACUUUGCUCGGUAUACGCGGCGCUGCGGAGAGACCGAAAAUCCGGCCGAUUACCUUUUGGCAGUUAGCGGCGAGCCUGAGGCGGACUGGUUUGAGACUUGGCGGCAGUCGCCUGAGUAUGGUGCCAUGCAAGAGCAGCUUCAGAAAUUGCUCCAGGGACAGGAAGCCAAAGAGUCUCCAUCGUCGGAAUCUGAUCGGACAUAUGCGGCCUCUUAUCUCGAUCAGCUCCGCGUGGUCACGCAACGCGCUUUCACAAAUUACUGGCGCGACUCCGACUACGUGUUAGGCAAGAUCCAGCUCAACAUCUGGAUGGGAUUGAUGAACGGCCUCACAUUUCUUCAGCUGUCCAACGACCUGACCGACUCCCGCGGACGAAUGUUUUCGAUCUUCGUCGGUGUGAUCACGGGCCCCGUACUGAGUCUCCAGAUCGAACCUCGCUUCAUCCUCCUGCGCGACCAAUUCCUGGCGCGGGAGAAUGAGUCGCGCGUGUAUCACUGGAGCAUCUUCACCAUCAGCGCGUUGCUCGUGGAAAUUCCGUUCACCCUCCUGGGCGGGCUAAUCUAUUGGCUUCUCUGGUACUACAUGGUCGGGUACCUCACCGUGUCGACCCGCGCGGGGUACGCCUUCCUCAUGUACGAGCUCUACUCAUUGUUUGUCGCGAGUCUCGCUCAACUGACUGCGUCCCUCUUCCCUACCGUUCUCGCCGCACAGGUGGCGACGGGGUUUGUCUGGCUGGUUGUCAAUACCUUCAACGGGCCCCUCUCGCCCCCGCCUCUGACUCCGCGCGGAUGGCGCUGGUUCUACAAUAUUUCCCCCUUAUUCUACUUCAUCGAGGGUAUUGGUACCAACGCCAUGCAUGCUCUCCAAAUCACUUGUCGCAACCCCGAGCUCACUACUUUCCGGGCCCCCGCUGGGGAAACAUGUGCCUCCUACACGGCCGAAUUCUUUGGCCUGGCUAAUUCCACGGGCUAUCUGGUUGAUCCUAAUGCAACAGGCCUGUGCGAGUACUGUGCCUUUGCCGAUGGUGAUGAAUAUGUCAAGCAAUAUGACAUGAGCUAUUCACAACGUGGCAACAACGUCGGCAUCUUCAUUGGAUUCAUCAUGUUCAACUACACCAUGGCGGUGCUGGCGACGUACCUCAUCUUUAUCUUCAAAUGGCGGAAACGCCGGUCCCAGUGA